CUGCCUUUCAAUUUUCAACUACUUUCAAUUUUAUUUUUUUGCACACUUUAACAGCUAAACGCAGAGAAUGUCCAGAGCACUUCAGGGAAUAGUAGAUAUCGUCGAUACAAUUGGCAACACGCCAAUGGCCAGGCUGUCCAGCGUCGAGGGUCUUGGAGCAGCAGUAUGCUCGGCCGAGCUGGUCGGAAAGCUCGAGUACAUGAACCCCGGCGGCUCAAUUAAGGACCGCCUCGACACACAGGGGACACCCAAGGAUGCCCUACUGGUGGUUGCCAGUCCGGGCAACCUGGCAAUCAGUUUGGCGAUGCUGCAGCGUCGGCUCCUUUGCCUUGUCCCCGAGCGCACAUCCAGCGACCGCAUCCGGUUGCUCAAGGCGGCAGGUAUUACCGACAUUGUGCGCACGCUGGACGGGGCGCUGCCGGGCUCUCCCGAGCACCCAGUGCAGAUUGGGCGGCGAAUCGUCGAGCAGCGGGGUCACGGUGCAGUGUACAUUGACGAGGAGCAGGGCCAAUGGGAUUUGGCGUCGUGCUAUGAGGAAUUAGCGGCCGAGAUGGUUGCGCAUGACGCGCUAGUGCUGGGCGUUGACACGGGAAACGCCGCCACGCAUCUGGCGCGCGCGCUGCGCGAGACCACACCGGGUGUGCAGAUAGUUGGUGUAGAGCCAGCCAACUCAGCCAUUGGAGAGCAAGCCAUCAGGGCCAUUGAUAUGUGGAUGCAGGUGAGUGACGCUGUGGCGUACUCCAUGGCACGCAGGCUUAUUACUGGUGGCAUCCACGCUGGGCCCGCUGCCGGUGCAUCAGUGGCUGCAGCACUUGUGCUCCUUGGAGACACAGCGCGCAACUACAGCGACACGCUGCUUUCUGACGAGUGGAUGCUGACGCACGAUUUGUUGGACGCGCGCAUGCUUGGUGAUUUGCAGCGCAGGCAGCUUGGUCAGUACCGCGGCGCAUCGAUCGAGGAUCUACAGCUGCCUGCUGCCGUCACUGUGCGUGCAGAGGACUCGAUUGGCGCCGCGGUGGCGCUGAUGAGUGAGAACGACUUUUCGCAGGUCCCUGUUACUGGCGCACACCGCCGCCUUGUCGGGUAUCUGACGCUGUCUGCUGCACAGACACUGAUUGACAGCGGAGUGGCGUCGCCCAGCUCGCCAGUCAGCCGCUUUAUGCUAAGGUUUGCUGGCAGCGACAGUGCUGAGAAAAGGGGCAGUAACGUUCGUCACCGUCGGUACUGGCUGAUCACGCCUGAGACGCCGCUUAGCGAGCUGGCGCGCUUUUUUGAGACCCAUAGCGUUGCCUUUGUUACUGACGCGUCACGGAAGUUUUGUCUGGGCAUUGCAACCAAGCAGGACCUGAUGAGUUUUCUGAGCCGGCGCAACACAUUCCAGUUUUAAAAUAUUCAUAUAUACUAGCAUCACAUGUAAUAUAACUGAUAAUUGGUAAUAUUCCAACCAAAAAUAAAUAGCUG